AUGGAUAAGAAACUUACAGUGCAACCUGCUAUGGUAACAUUUUCAGCACCUUUAACUGAACGUCAAGUAGCAGAUUUGGAUAUAAAAAAUGAUUGGAAUAAAGCAAUCAUUUUUAAAAUGAAAACCACAAAACCGGAAGCGUUUAAAAUGAAACCUGUUUAUGGGCUCGUUGAUGCUGGUGACAAGAAAAAAGUGAUUUUGACAUUAAAAAAAUGGGAUCCCAAUAAGAAACCUAAGAAAAGCGAUCAUUUUACGGUUGUUAUGGCACCAGCACCUGACAAAUGCAGUAAUCCCAUGAAAACUUGGAAAAGUUGGAAAGAAAGCAAAAAAUCUGAGGCAAAUAUUGGUGCUUGUCGUCGGCUGGUGAAAAUAACGUACAAAGGGAUUGCGGUGAAAGAAGGAAAAAAGAAACCACCAAAAGCCGGGGUGACAAAGGCGCCAGCAAUUAAAGCCGAGCAGGCUGAAGACAAAAAGGAAAGAAAAAUCGAAGGAGCCAAGGAGGACGAAACUGAAAAGAAGCCGAAAAAGAAAGAGGAAGAUGAGGAAGAAAAGAAAAUAGAAAAGAAAGGCGUUAGGGGUAAAAAAAAGGAAGAAGAGAAAGAGGAGAAAGAGAAAGAGAAAGAGAAGGAGAAGGAAGAGGAGGAAGAGGAGGAGGAAGGGGAGGAAGAAGAAGAAGAGGAAGAAGAAGAGGAAGAGGAAGAAGAUGAGAAACCGAAGAAAAAAUCCAAAAAAGGCAGAGGGGAGGAUGAAAAAACAAAGAAAAAAGAUGUGGAAGAUGAAGAUGGGAAGGGGAAAAAAGAGGAUGAAGAUGACGAAGAGGAAGAAGAUGAAUAA